GAUUGGCUUUGUGGACUUACCUCCGCUUAGCCCUCUUUAUAAGAAGCCUUCGGCGCCCUCCGGAGAAGCCUUGGUCCCCCCUCGCUAAACCCCUCCAAACCCUCCCCUUUCGCCGGAAGCGAUGAGCACCUGGCGGACGCUUCUGCUGCGGAUCGGCGACCGGUGCCCGGACUACGGUGGCACCACCGACUUCAAAGAACACAUCGAAACAUGCUAUAGUGUAAUAUGGCGAGAAUUUGAGCAUUCCAAAGAUGGCAUCUUUGAGCUCCUUCUUCAAUGUGCUGAACAGCUACCGCACAAAAUUCCUUUGUAUGGAGUACUGGUUGGUUUGAUAAACUUAGAAAAUGAGGACUUUGCUAAGAGGGUGGUAGAUACCACAUGUUCUAGCUUACAGGAUUCAUUAUAUUCAGAAAAUUAUAACAGGAUUCGUCUUUUGUUGCGGUUUCUCACUGGACUGAUGUGCAGCAAAGUUAUCUUGCCUGGUUCAAUUAUUGAGGCCUUUGAGACACUGUUGUCAUCUGCUGCAACAACAGUAGAUGAGGAGGCAGGAAAUCCUUCUUGGCAACCACGUGCUGACUUUUACAUCACUUGUAUUUUGUCCUGCCUUCCAUGGGGAGGUGCAGAACUCAUUGAGCAAGUUCCAGACGAGUUUGAGAGAGUAAUGAUUGGUGUACAAUCUUAUAUAAGCAUCAGAAGGCACACGCAAGACAUUGGUUUCACAGUUUUUGAUUCUGAUGAGGACAAAUUGCUUGAGGAAAAGGAUUUUUUAGAAGAUUUAUGGGACCGUAUACAAGUUCUUUCGAACAAUGGAUGGAAAAUUGAUAGUGGACAUGCAACCAAUUGAUCGUUUUGUUGUUGAAGAAUAUUUGCUGGAUGUGCUUCUUUUCUUUAAUGGAUGCCGAAAGGAAUGUGCUUCGUGCAUGGUUGGUCUGCCUGUACCAUUCCGCUAUGAAUAUCUGAUGGCAGAGACUAUUUUUUCUCAGCUACUAUUGCUGCCGCAGCCACCAUUUAAGCCAAUAUACUAUACACUGGUUAUCAUCGACCUUUGCAAGGCGCUCCCAGGGGCAUUCCCUGCUGUUGUAGCAGGAGCUGUACGUGCUCUUUUUGAGAGAAUUGGUGAUUUGGACAUGGAGUGCCGCACUAGGCUCAUUUUAUGGUUUUCUCAUCACUUAUCAAAUUUCCAAUACAUUUGGCCAUGGGAAGAAUGGGCGCAUGUUAAAGAUCUUCCAAAAUGGGCCCCACAACGGGUUUUUGUUCAAGAAGUAUUAGAAAGGGAAGUUCGUUUGUCAUACUGGGACAAAAUCAAGCAGAGUAUUGAAAAUGCCUCUGCUUUAGAGGAAUUGCUUCCCCCAAGGGGUGAGCCUAACUUCAAGUAUAGUACUGAAGAUAGUCAAGAAGGCAUGGAUGGCUCCACACUUUCUAAGGAGUUUAGCAGCAUGGUUAGGGCAAGGAAGACUGCUCGUGAGAUUACUUUAUGGGUAGAGGAGAAUAUAAUUCCAGUGCAUGGCUUUAAUGUUUCACUUGAAGUUGUCAUCCAGACUCUUCUUGAUAUUGGUUCAAAAAGUUUCACUCAUUUAAUCACAGUUUUGGAGAGAUAUGGUCAAGUCAUAGCUAAGUUAUGUCCUGAUCAUGAUAAGCAAGUUUUGCUAAUAGACGAAGUCAGUUCGUACUGGAAGAACAAUACUCAGAUGACUGCUAUCACUAUUGACAGAAUGAUGAGUUACCGACUCAUAUCCAAUUUGUCAAUUGUUAGAUGGGUUUUUUCUCUUUCUAGUGUCAACCAAUUCCAUAUUUCAGAUCGUCCAUGGGAGAUUCUUAGGAAUGCCAUCAACAAGACGUACAAUCGCAUUACCGAUCUUAGAAAGGAAAUCCAAUCACUCGAAAGGAGUGUUCUAUUAGCUGAGGAAGCCACAAGAAAGGCUAUAAAUGAGUACGAAGCUGCUGAAUCAAAGCUCGAGGUUGUGGAUGGUCAACCUGUACAGUCUGAAAAACCAGGAAGGUUAAAACGACUUAAAGGAUAUGCGGAGAAAGCAAAAGAUGAUGAGACAUCUAUGCGAGAAUCUUUGGAAGCUAAGGAGGCUCUUCUUGCCCGAGCUGUUGAAGAAAAUAAAGUGUUGUUUUUGUCAUUAUACAAGAGCUUCAGAGAUGUGCUUAUGGAACGCCUGCCUCCUGUGUCUGCUGAUGGAAAAUUGCCCAAACUAAGGACUGCCAAUGUUGAUUUGAUGGCUGUUGACUCGGAGGAGCCAUCAACUAUGGAGGUGGACCAUGACAACGGAAGAACUGAUGCUAGUCAAUCAAAUGGUGAAGGAGUAUUUCCUCGCUAUUCCACUGGGGAGCAUGAGCAGUGGUGCCUUUGCACGUUGGGCUAUGUCAAGGCAUUUUCGAGGCAAUAUGCAACUGAGAUCUGGGCUCAUAUUGAAACACUGGACUCUCAAGUCUUUGCUGAAGACGUCCAUCCACUUUUUCGCAAAGCUGCUUAUGCAGGUUUAUGCCGACUUACCACUGAAUUGUGAUAUUCCUUUUUCAACUCAUUUGUGGAACCGCCGUUGUAUGUUCACAAGUUUUCUUUUGGCUGAUUAUGUAACAUUUAUAUGUUUAUGUUUCCCCUGUUAUCAAAGUUGUGGAACCGCCCUUUUGUUUUAUCCCAAAAAAGAAAAAAGUAAAAGAAAGUUGGCAUUGGGAAAUAUGCAUCUAUAUGCUUAUGCAGGCAAUAGUUCCUGUAUGACAUCUUUGAAGCAUCUUGGGGAUAACCUUAGGUCUGAAUCAGAGAUUUGUUUAUGACCUCUGGAUUAAUGAAACGGCCGAAAUAUAUAGAAGGUGACAAACCAA